UUCCAACUGGCAAUCACGACGGCAUUUCACGCAAGGACGUCAGGGCCGAUCGACCAGGAUGGGGCUGCGACUGAAUCCGUGGGGGAAUGUGUACUCGUCGCUCGAGUUGGAGCAGAUUACGUUUGUCCAUCGUGUGUACUUGGAGGUCAUGGCCAUUGACGUCAAGGACUUGCCGAACACGCUUCAAAUGAACGCCACGUUCACCGAGCCCAUCUACACCCCUAAGAAGUCGGACUUCGAUGAACACACGUUCAUGCGCCAAAUGCAGGGCGUUGUGGGUCUACUGCGCCAACCUGCCGAAGAGAUCAUCAGUUGCAUCUGCGGGUACCAAAAGGAGCGCCUUGAGCGAUUCCAACUUGGGACAGCGUUUAUGAACGAUCCGCGAACGUUGCUGUUGGAGGAAUUUAAGAUUUGGGCCAUGACGCGACUUGCAGCCGCGGCGUGUACGACGGAAGCAUUCGAAAAGGAGGUCGAGAAACGCAAGAACUACAUCACGCAGCUCCAGUAUGGCGGCGGCAACCUCUUCAAACCCGGCAAUGCCGAACGAACUCUCAUGACGACUCUAAAGGACGUCCGUGAGAUUCUUGAGCUUCGUAUCUUGCCCAUGAUCGCUUGUGAGCGCGCCCAGGCGAGCGCCAAGGAGCACUUGACCGUCGUCGAGGCCCGCGGGACAGACGCGUUGAUCCACGGGAUUCAGUUCCUCUUCAACAUCUUCCGGAACACCCCGAACGCACCUGCCGAUUGCACCAUCACGAACCUGCAGUCCCAGCAACACACAGCCAUGAAGGAAGCCAUGACAACUAAGUCCGGCCAGAUGCUGUUGCUGCUGCUCUCAACGCCCUCGCUGCGUACAAUGUUCCCCGAAAGCCAUCACCACGUCACAGGAGGCGCGUCGCAACUGCUCCCGCUCACAUCCGAGAGUCAAAAGGCUGCCCUGGCCGAUGCGGUAUUUGCCGAUUCGUCGGCGAAUGCUGUCGUUCCCAGUGUGCUGCUGUCCAACCCGACAGUCUCGUGGACUGCCAAGGCCUACCUCACGCAAAACAACGGCGGCGUCGUCAACUUUCUGUCGGCUGAUACUUAUGAUCUAUUCGUCAAAAUGCACGCAAUGUUGAAACUGAUGGCCGACUUGCUCGUGUCGUGCCGCCAAGCGCGGCUCCUGGCAGGCACGGGCGGCGAUUUGUUGGUGUAUGGACCUGGGGGCUCGCACCUGCGACUGCUCAUGGAGACGUUCCAGGCGGCAAGGAGUUAUUCAAUAGGCAUCGAGGAAGGCUUAUGUGGGUUCUUUCCGUGGCUAGGUCGAAGGAGAAGUGAUUAACUUGGCGACCGAGUUGAAGAAGCGUGGCGUCGCUGAGCUGGACAAACUCAAGUCGUCGUACAGCGAGAAGGCAUGGCGAACGUGCUUCUCGCGUGUGCUAGCGCUGGAAACGUACAUGAUUAACGACGUGGCAGCGACGCAGGACCCGAUCCGCCGUAUCAUUGAAGCGACCAACCCAGUUAUCAACAUUCAAAUGGCCAAGGAUUUCAAAGCGUCGACGAGCAAAUGGGUCGCGGAAAACUCGAGCACGUGCGGACACAUCGCGCAAACACUCAAGUUGGAAGGAAUUAUGACGCCGCCGUUGGCGCUUCCUGCAUCUACAUCGAGUGCAUAGGCGUGCAUGGCGUGCCGACCGUGACAUGCACGAUAGAAACAGACGCGAUUUCGACCACCAGGAAUCGAAGACUUUAUAAGCUGAUACAUCAAAGUACCAUCACGUUGAUACGCUCCUGCUCGGCGGUCCUGCACAGCUCGACCGCUUAUAACGUCCACAUGUUAAUCUUCCAGCUGAUUUAUCACGGCUAGUUACACCUUGAUCGAACAAAGCCCAUCAACCCAAGAAAGAGAUCGUGACAACGCGCAUCUUUCCCGCCGCUGGCCCUGGAAGAUGUCGCCCACACCACUGUGGGUGUCGCGUCCCUCUGUCGUGUGCCGAUCACCACCAUUGCGA